GAGGUCACCGUGAUGUAUUCGGGGGUAAAAGCUUUAUCCCUUCAUGAGUGAUCAUUCAUACGUAAAUUAGGGAGCAUCCGCAUAUGAAAAUAAACCAAACAAAGUCAGUCUCUUUUCUUCGCCAACUUCAACCUUUCUACCCAAGUACACAGCAAAUUCAUAAUACUACAGUAGAGCUAGAAUGCAAAGAUAUAGGUACAUUUAUCCUCAGUUCUUAUCACGGUGCUUAUUACUCAUGGGGGUAUGGAUCAUUCAUUCGGGGAAAAUUAAAACGGGCGAUGAAAAGAAAGAGGAUGAAAAAAAAAGUGAAGAAAACCACGGGUUCUACUAGAAUAAACUAUUACUCCUGGAAGAUUUUUGUUGUCGUGUCUUCACUCCUGCUCCCGUAUUCGGAAUCAUAAAUCGUUUUGAUCGAAAGCCCGUUCUAUGCUAGAUUCUUUCUUUCUCUUUCCUAUUUCCUCAGCGAAAGGACCGAUCUUAUCUUGGGAGGUUAUCUCCAUAGUUUAACUCUGAGGGUCAUUACGUUUCUUAACUUCGCCAGCCCA